AUGUUCAAACUUCAAAUCACAAAGGCCCUUGCGUUCGUCACCAAAACUGUGCUCGUGUUUGCAAGACUGAAGGUUUCAGCAAUGUUAAUUGGCGACGGCUUCUUUUACUUCGAAGAUGUAUUUGCACAAAUCAAUGUUAACUGGUUCACGGUACUGGAAUUGUAUAUUGCUGAGAAUCAUUUGAAUGGUACUAUUCCACUCUAUUUGCAACGUGCAAAACUUGAUAGUCCUUUCUCUGAGAAGCACCAAGUUAUCAGGAGAAUUUCCUCAGCAUGA